UCCCUACCAAUGUUGAGACCAAAUUUACGCCCUUGCUGAAAAGGCAAAAUCGUCCCUGUAUUCUCGCUGAAAUUGUGAAUCACUAACUAUUCUCUAAAACUGAAUGAUGAUGUACACAAGCAUUUAUGUUUGUGUCCAUGUACUGUAUUUGCAACUGUAUUAGUUGAGAUCACGACACUAAAACAGGGAAUGAAUAGUUAGCUACUGUGUGUGCAACCACUCUCGGUCCAACGUCACACUCGUCCUCGUCGCUAGUUUAGCAAGCGAGCGCCGACAAGACAUUCGAGUCUUCUCGUUAAAGCCUCGACGCAAGGUUUAAAUAUUCAAAAGCAAAAUACCGAUGUAGGCCGCGCACAAGGCUACGAGGCGAUAUCACGGUCCGAACGGUAGGCUAACGACAGGCCGCGAAUGGAGCGCGAGACCUCGCGUGAAAGUGCGGCCGACGGGGGUUGCCCCAAACGGCCUGAGCUGAGAGAGGAGACCCCGGGGGAAGAAGCGAAAGGCGUCGCGGCUUCGAUAAGGCGAAUAGGCAAAGACGACGCGGUCAAAUGUGCGAAUUUGGAAUGUGGCGGAAAAGAGGAGUCUCAGACGGUAACUGGGGAAGAAGAGGAUGUUGGCAAAUACGAGGAGGAGCUGGACCCAAGAAUUCAGGAGGAACUAGAGCACCUCAACCAGGCCAGCGAUGAGAUCAACAAGCUGGAGCUUAAUUUAGACGAUGCCAGAUCUAGCUACAGAAAGAUCCUCACCGAUUCUGCCAGGAAGCUGAAUGCUCAGGGGUCCCAACUUGGCGCAUGCAUUGAGAAAGCCAGGCCUUACUACGAAGCCCGAAGACUGGCCAAAGAGGCACAACAAGAGACCCAGAAAGCUGCUCUAAGGUAUGAGAGGGCCGUGUCCAUGCAUACCGCUGCCAGAGAGAUGGUGUAUGUGGCAGAACAAGGCCUGUUGGCAGACAGAAACACCAUGGAUCCAACCUGGCAGGAGAUGCUUAAUCACGCUACUGCUAAGGUGAACGAGGCCGAGGAGGAGCGCUUUCGCAGUGAACGGGAGCACCAGCGGGUGACGCAGCUCUGCCAGGACGCCGAGGCUAAAGUCCAAACCCUCCAAAAGUCACUGAAGAAAGUCAUCCUUAAGUCCAAACCGUACUUCGAGCUAAAGGCUCAGUUCAACCAUAUCCUGGAGGAGCACAAGGCCAAAGUAGUACAGUUGGAGGAGCACGUAGCAAAAGCAAAAACACGUUAUUCUGUGGCGCUGCGGAACCUGGAACAGAUUAGCGAGCAGAUCCACGCGCAGCGAGGAAGACUCGGCGCCGGAAGAGGGAGAGCGACCCUACGCGGCGGGCGUAGCUCUCCGGUCGGCGCCGAGGCCGACGCCAAAGUAGCGGCGUCGUGCGGCUUUGUCGGAACGGGCGCGUUAGAAAGCCAUUGGGCGGACGCUGAAAAAACGCGGCUUUGGGUGGAGAAGCACCGGGAGAACGGCUGGGGUCGGAGAGAGGAGGCGGAGCACUCCGGUUCGGACCGCGUGUCCGUCGUCAGCCUGCAGACCAUUGCUUCCGACCUGCAAAAAUGCGAUUCGGUAGAACACCUAGGCGACUUUAGCGAUGGCGGGAGUGUGCCGGGUGAGGAUUGGGACUGGAAUAGAAAGAACGGCAACGGGGCAGAAGCGAGCGACGGACCCCGGCGGACCCGAGCGUCUAGUAAAAAGAAGCAGGAGAUCUUCGUCAAGCAGCACCACAGAAGUGUGAGUCUCUAAUAGAGCAAACCAAUGAAAAAGACCUACGCUAACAGAGUGGCCAGAUGUAUACAGGGUGACUGAAAAGAACGUGCCAAAAUGGCCACACCAUAUUUGAAAGAGUUGAUGAUUUACAUAUAGCAGACCUGCACCAACUCCUUUACUCACUGAAUAGAUAAGGAGACGUUUUCCAACAAACUUUACCGUUAAAGUUACUAGCUGCCGCGUCAAAGACCCCCCUGGUCUAAAUUCUAAAUCAAUGGCUCUUAAGUUUUCUUGCUCUCCUAUUUAUUAAUUUAUUGAAUAAUUUAUUUAAGAUAGCUGGUACAUUAUUCCAGCUGAAUUCUGAUGUACUCCGUACAGUCAAAGCCAUCUUUAAUGUUUGUGUCACUUAUUAUAUGGCUGCUAUACAUGUUGCGAAAUACAGUAUUUGAAAUCGUUGCACCAUGUUAUGUAUAGUGUACUUUUUUAAUAGUUCAUCUAUGAAUAUUCGAAUCAACUGUAGAACCCAUUUGAAGAUGUGCUAAUUGUGCAAAAUUCCUUAUCCGCUGGGGAAAUUUACACAUAGGUUUCAUCGUUUUAAAGUUAAUGUUAGUUUAGUUGAAUUUUUCUUUCAUCUCAGACAAUUGUUUUAGGUUGUUUUAUUUACCUGACAUGUUUCGGCGACGACUUCCGCCUUCAUCUGAGAGAAACCGAACACAAGAAGGAGUAUGAGAAGGAGACAGCAAUGAGACAAACAAAGGCAAUAAAAGAACAAGCACAACAGGAACACCACAAGCCAGCCAUCACCGACCGCUGCAAAAGAGAAAAACACAUUAUGGACUAGGCAAAGGCCAGAGUCAUCCGCGCCGAAGAAAACAAACAUCAGCGCUGGAUCAGGGAGGCCUUUGAAAUCCGCAAGCGGGGCCCGAGGACCAUCAGCAGGGACGAGGGGGCUUACAUGCUCUCUACUACCUGGAACAGCACCCUGGAAGAGUGAAUGGUCAGCAAAGGGCGUGAUUCGCCUGUCGAAUCUGACAGGUGAGUCACGCUUUCAUCCAUCAGUUGAUAAAGAGGCGCACACCAACACCAGUGAUACUCUGAUGAAGGCUGAAGGAAUCUGAGCUUUUAGCCAGAUUGCCGGAAUCACGCUAGCCGAACCGCUGGACCCGCGCUGGCGCAGCUCCAACGACCCGGGCCGGCGCGAAGCUAACAACCCGGCCAAAAGGCCAAACUCCGCGCGUUCACCUUAGUCUUAAUCCCUUGAACUGACUCCAUUUUGAAAGCUGGAAAAAGGCUUCGAAACACAAGUUGACAAUUUAUUCUGAGUCGGCAGCAAUCAUACAGCACAGAGGGACCCAGGCGAGGAUCCAAAGUACCCAUAUCACAAAUCAACAAAAGGUUCCCGAGGAAAAAAAAUGACAACAAUGAGUUAAGCAUUGUCUUUUGAAGGGGCAGAAGAAGAGUGUGCUUGGGUGUUGUUUAGGAUUAUUGUCUGUUUGUGGAUUGGACCGGAGCAUUCGGGAGUUACUGUUGUCAGGGCAAUGAGGGUUGUGGAUUUUGCCACCUCAGCGUCAAAGGGGCUUUUGUAGUCUUAGUAGUCGUGUUAUCAGUUGAAUAUCUGCUGUUGUCCGGUGUUCCUUGUGUUGGGACAGGAUGCCCGCCAUUUGUUCUGGACUGUCCGGAAGAACUGAUUGCUGGAAUUGGCUCAGUCAGUUGCAUGACACACGCAUUGGGCUUCCGUGAUAAGAAGGCACCGUGAAUCUCUUUAUGCCCUAUGUCAAAUAUAUUCUGCUUGUUUUCCUUAAACUAUGAUAUAAAUGCAAUAUAUUUUUAUAUUGGGUGCGUUAGAGUACUACAAACAGUAAAUACGAGAAACGAUACUAUUCCCUGAUUGAUUAUAGUACUGGUAAGUUUGUUAGAAUAAUGCAAACAGUUAGAUGGUGCCUACGAGAAAAGGUAGGUCUCCUUCAAGGCGGAAGUCGUCACCGAAAAGUGUCAAUUGUCUGGGAUAAAAGAAAAAUUCAACUAAUCUAUAAGUGUAGAUAAAAUGAACUCAAUACAGCAACUAAUCAAAUGUUAUUUGGAGGCACCCCCCCACCUCCGCCAUGUCCACGUUUGCUUUUCUCUUCCCGAAAGCCUUUAUCAUGUUUACUUUUAUCAUUUUAAAAAGGCCAUUUAGGUAUUUGUUUUUACACUGUGAUUAAAGGGUUAUACCAAAAAAAAAAAUGAUAGCAGAGCAUAUUUUGGACACAAGAAAAUGCUUCUUAAUGAAAUUAGAUCCUAGUUAGGCUUCCUUUCUCGGCCCCGUCCACGGAAAAAAUCCACAAACGGUAGAUGAUGUCACACCAGCAAUGUGCUGCGAGCAUCCUCUCCAUAGUCGCGCCAUUCUCUUCUUGCCGUUCUGUCAUUCUGUCAACACGUAGUACUAGUGAGCUAAAGCAGCGCUAUUCACUAGUUGUGAUGUGUCAAAUAGGUUUUCUACAUGUAAAUUGACAUUAGUGCAGUCAUUUUCAUUUUUUUGACAUGCGGGUCACCAUUUCAUUGCACCUUUCAAAAUGGUGGAUAUUUUUCCUCAUCUUAUAUUUUUAUGGAAGAAAUCAUUUUAGAUAUUGACCAUUUAUGUGUAAAUAUGCACGCAGGCCACAAUUCUCUCACAAUGCUUGUAUUAAAAAAAAAACAAAAAACAUUUUGCUUAGCUCUUACGUUCUAUGAGUGUGCCAAGCAAAUGGAUUCUUUUCCUGUAUUUGAUCUCUGAAUGUACAGAUGUGAAUGAUGUGUAAUUGGUGAUAUAUGUACAGUAUAAUAUAUAUUCUGAAAAGAUGCUACUACUGCUUUUAUUGUUGUAAAGUGGAAAGUUCCUGAGCUCAAAUGUUUCAGUAUCAGAAUUCACUUAUUGUCCGUAUAGGCAAAAAGCACACUCGUUGUUUGUUUUGCAGUGUGGAGCAUUAUUCUAACUGUUCCAAUAUUGCAUAGUAAGUUGAAAAAGAAGCAAAUCCUAACUAUCAGUUUGAAUUGUUUCAUGUGACCCCAGAGUUUAAAAUGACAUUAAAGGUCACA